UUCCUCUGUCUGUAAUGAAACAAGCCUUUUAAUUAGCUAAAAUACUCUUGUCCUCUUGUCUCUCCACCAGAAAGUAAAUAUAGAAGAAAUGCAUUAUUUUGGAGUAUUAGCUGCACUGUCUGUUUUCAACAUCAUUGCCUGUUUGACAAGAGGCAAGCCUUUGGAAGAUUGGGACAAGUUAUCAGCUAUGGAAAAGUCUGAUGCACAUUUUCAUGAUCCUGGGGAAGUGCAAGAUGAGACCCAUUUCGACUUUAAAUCUUUCCUGGAGAAUAUGAAGACAGAUUUACUAAGGAGUUUGAAUUUGUCAAGAGUUCCCUCACAAGUGAAGACCAAAGAAGAACCACCACAGUUCAUGAUUGAUUUAUACAACCGAUAUGCUGCAGACAAGUCCUCCAUCCCUGCAUCCAAUAUUGUAAGGAGCUUCAGUACUGAAGAUGUUGUUUCUUUAGCUUCACCAGAAGAAAAUCCAUUUCAGAAACACAUCUUGCUCUUCAACAUCUCUAUUCCACGAUAUGAGGAAAUCACCAGAGCUGAACUGAGAAUUUAUAUCUCCUGUCACAGGGAAGUUGGGUCUCUCUCUAGGCUGGAAGGCAACAUGGUCAUUUAUGAUGUUCUAGAUGGUGACCACUGGGAAAACCCAGAAAGUACCAAAUCUUUCCUUGUCUCCCAUAACAUCCAGGAGUGUGGUUGGGAGAUGUUUGAAGUGUCCAGCGCUGUGAAAAGAUGGGUCAGGGCAGACAAACUGAAGGCUAAAAACAAGCUAGAAGUUGUUAUAGAGAGUAAGGCUCUGGGUGGUUUCACUUGUGGGAAGCUGGAUAUCAGUGUUACACCUGACACUAAAAAUCUGCCCCUGUUAAUAGUGUUCUCCAAUGACCGCAGCAAUGGGACAAAAGAGACCAAAGUGGAGCUCCGGGAGAUGAUUGUUCAUGAACAAGAAAGUGUGCUAAAGAAAUUAGGAAAGAACAACACUUCAUCUGAAGAGGAAGAAGAGGGAGGGGAAAAGGCCAUCAUUGGGCCCCACCAACAUUCCUCCAGAAGCAAGAGAAGCAUCGGAGCCAACCACUGCCGGAGAACUUCCCUCCAUGUGAACUUUGAAGAGAUUGGCUGGGAUUCCUGGAUCAUUGCACCAAAAGAUUAUGAGGCUUUUGAGUGUAAAGGAGGUUGCUUCUUCCCUCUGACAGAUAACGUUACCCCAACAAAACAUGCUAUUGUCCAAACUCUGGUGCAUCUCCAAAACCCAAAGAAAGCUUCCAAGGCCUGUUGUGUUCCAACCAAACUGGAUUCAAUCUCAAUUCUUUAUAAGGAUGAUGCUGGUGUGCCCACUUUGAUAUACAACUAUGAAGGGAUGAAAGUGGCAGAAUGUGGUUGCAGGUAGUACACAAGGCAGAAUAUCUAAUAAUAAGAAUACCCCUUUUUUUCUGCUCUUUGUAAAUCUGUACAUUAGUGAUGCAAAUGAAAAUCCUUGCAAACAAGGUUUGGAGCAGGGUAUGAGGCUGGUUGGUGGUGGUGGUUCUUGUUUUAAAGGAAAUCUGGCAUUUAAAGAAUGGCAAUCAUUGUAAAUAGCCUGCAUUACCUAUCAU